AUGCCUGCGAAAGCGACACUGCUGAUUCUGCUAUUACUCGCAUUUACCUCGAAAGGCUGUAUCUUUAGCAAGCGCAGCAAAACGCGUAUUCAUCGGAGCGAUGACGAAUGUGUUUGUGCCACCCCCAUUCGUUAUAAUCCUUUAACGGAUACAAAUAUUACCGUUGAUCCCCAUUGCGACUGCAGAUCUACCGGUUUUGGAAUAGUUCAAAUAAUCCCGUACGGGACCUGCAUUGCAGAUGCAUGCGGCACGAUACAUAUCGACCUGUCCUCCGCAUGUGUCAGAUGUGCCAUGUGCAUGGCCAUCGCUGAGAAGAUUAAUCAAACUCUGCUGGAAGUCCAUGACAUAAUGAUGCCUGAUGACUGGCUAAAUGAAACGGAAACAGUGCUCCUUUUGAGAACUAUCUGCGAUUAUUCUUUUCAACACUAUGGUUUGCGUGAAAUUGAUGGCAAAAAAUUUAUCUCCGACCCGUUACCGGGUGAUAAGCUCAUUUCAUCCGCCAAUGGAUUGUGGGAGAAAAAUUUGAGAAAUAUGUGUCACAACUUUCUCGAUGAAAUACAAGAACUGCAAUUAUACAGAAAUUGGAAGGAGUGGUGUGAGGACGACGAAUACAUUCCUAAUCUCGAAGAUAUUCUCUGCAGAAACGAGAUUAGCAGUUUACGAGAUUGCAGAGGUAUAAGCAACAUAUAUAAGCGACAAGUACCUACGAUUUUCGGUGCUCGUAUGAAAUUUCUAGCCGAAUAUGUAUAA